UUUUUUUUCUAUGUACACACCAAAUAUAACCAACAUGUUUUGAGCGUAAUGGCUGUGGAUGAGAGAACACGGGAUGCUAGUCCUGCUGGACUUUUGUCCAUUGCAGAGGAAACUUUAACAGAGUUUCUUUCGAAGGCUACUGGAAUCGCUGUAGAGUGGGUCCAGAUGCCUGCAAUGAAGCCUGGUUCGGAUUCCAUUGGAAUCGUUGCUAUUUCUCACGGUUGCACUGGCGUGGCGUCGCGUCGCGAGCGUGUGGCUUGGUCAGUCUUGAGCUUACUAGGGUAAGUAAGAUAUAAUACACAUGCACACAUCCAUUUAGAUGCUGGUUCCCAUAUGAAACUGAUUUUUCGUGCCAACUGUGACAUGUGUAUGCGUUGUAUAAUAACGAACCAUAAUAACACAACUUUGAGCUAGCUGUAAGUGGAACUUUGUGAGUUGCAGGUUUUUAUUUUCUCAUUCCAUUUCUGUUUCGAUUACUUGAUUACUUGUUGAUGACUCUUGACCAUAUCAUUGGCUAGGACGACCCUUAUUCCAGGUGACUCUUGUUAAGAUAACUCUUGGUAUGCAUGUCAAAAGUCAACCAAAGUGUAUGUGUAUUCUUAUGUCAUAUAUUCUUUGUUCUAAAAAAAUAAAAU